UGACAAAGCACACAGCCGAGAGCACUGGCUAGAUUUAUGACUGUUAAUGUUUGUUGUUGAACGUUUUACUUCGCCCAUCGGAAGCUAUGUUCCACAAAAAUGAAGACAGAGUCAUGAAGGAUCCAAGGAUUUCUUCAGGCAGACUUCCUUGCCAGCAAAUAUCUGCUCCUUUAGUCAGGGUGAAGAAGCCAGGCUCGCUUAUCAGAUGUUUCCACUUGCUGCAGACACACCUGGUGGUCAUCGUUGUCCUCUUAGCAGGGCAAGCCUCCUGCAACCAGACCACUACAACUCCUUCCCCUUUUACUGUUUCUACUACAGCUCCACAAAUAUCAGUAUACUACUUUGUUGACAUUACGGUGGAUGUCACUGGACAGAUCAAGAACGAAUCUGAAAUCAUUGCCUGGCUCAAGCAGGUUUUCAGCACCAAGCUGGAGAACUGCGUGCCUCCAAACCCUCCAGAAACUACUGCCACACCGACCUCCCCACAAACUACACCUGCAAGUACUGUCAGUGAGACAACACAAGUGGCCUCAUCAACACUGAACACUUACAACAGCACAACAACUGCAGUAACCACAUUACAGAGCAAUAGUACAGGUGCAACAUCCACGGCCUUAGAAGGCAACAGCACUACAGCAGCAACACCCACGGGAGGCAACAACUUCACAACCACUGCAACAACAUUACAAGGCAACGGGACGACUACAACAGCAACACCAACAGGAGGCAACUUCACAACCACUGCAACAACAUUACAAGGCAACGGGACAACUACAACAGCAACACCAACAGGAGGCAACUUCACAACCACUGCAACAACAUUACAAGGCAACGGGACGACUACAACAGCAACACCAACAGGAGGCAACUUCACAACCACUGCAACAACAUUACAAGGCAACGGGACAACUACAACAGCAACACCAACAGGAGGCAACUUCACAACCACUGCAACAACAUUACAAGGCAACGGGACAACUACAACAGCAACACCAACAGGAGGCAACUUCACAACCACUGCAACAACAUUACAAGGCAACGGGACAACUACAACAGCAACACCAACAGGAGGCAACUUCACAACCACUGCAACAACAUUACAAGGCAACGGGACAACUACAACAGCAAUACCAACAGGAGGCAACUUCACAACCACUGCAACAACAUUACAAGGCAACGGGACUACUACAGCAGCAACACCAACAGGAGGCAACUUCACAACCACUGCAACAACAUUACAAGGCAACGGGACAACUACAGCAGCAACACCAACAGGAGGCAACUUCACAACCACUGCAACACCAUUAGCAAGAAAAAGAAAACGGAAAAGAAGCUUGAUACGUGUAGCUCGGGACGUUAGUGGCAAUGGGACACAAAGCAGUUCGAACACUAAUGUCAUAAAUACAACGGGCCUAUUUCAAGGAAUGGAAGUGUCAUGCGUGACAAAAACUGAAAUAAGAAACACCACGUGCUCUGUGACGCUGAAGCUGAGUCAGGCGGUGUCUUCAUGUUGUAUCCUCCGCACUCUCUGCGCAGCCACUAACACUUCAUCUGAUUUUUACGUGCUGGGGAAAAAGGCAGAUAGAGUGGGUCAGCUUCAAAAUGUGUGCAAUAACAGCAGCACAGUAGAAAACAGCUGCAUUUACACUGGUCAAGACAACGCAGCAUGUAAUGAGUCUGCAGCUGCAUAUGUGGUUCCACCAAGUAAUUCAACUAACUGCAGUGCAGGCAACAUCACCACAAGCAAGUGCAACUGCUCUGACUACUGCAGUGGAUCAGAUGCAUACUACACUUUUAAUAUUUCCAUACAAGAUCCCAAUAUAAACUAUUUAAAUGUCACCAACCUGAUUUCUCAGCUGCGACAGCUUCCACCUUGCUCUCCAAGUGUAGAAGGUCUAUGUCCAGUGUCCAUUAAUGCAUCUGAGUACAAGGACGCAAACGUGGCAUGUGCAAGCACGUCAACAAACCUUCAAAGCUGUAGCGUGAUUCUGGCCUUUGCCCGUGAGGUCCCCGUCUGUGAUGUAGCAAAUGCUGUGGUGUAUCUGCUUCAGUCUAAGGAACAAAUCAGUUUCAGCGGGCAUGUGAUCCGAGCGGCAAUUUGUGGAAAUUUACAAGCCAAUGUCAGCCUGCAGUCUGAGUUCACAUGGGUCAGCACGGACAUAAAGCCUGCAGAUUUCUGUGCUGCAGCAAAGUCUAGCAGCCUCACUUGUCAAAAACAAAACAAUGUGGUUAUGCAGCUGCAGGACAGUUGUGAUCUUCAAAACGUGUCUACCACCACAACCAGCCCAAAUGUGACAACCGUGCAACCAAACAGCACUGCCACCAGCACCACCAACAACAGCACUGCCACUACCACCAGCUCUGCUAAUAGCACUACAAUUGCUGUAAAUGCAACUUCAAUGCCGCUGAAUACAACACAAGGAGUGAAUCUAACCACCACCACCAGUGCUGCUAAUGUCUCAGUGCCAGCAACAGUCAACACUACUACAACUACAGCUAUCACUACCGCUAAUAACUCAAGUACGGGUAACACAACUACAACCAAGUCUCCUACACUCACCGUUACUACAGCCACCACAAAUCCGAACACUUCUGUGACGACAACUGGAAGUACAACAACAAAUUCGUCAGCAGCUGAGGCCCAAGCCAACGCACUGCUUGACGAGACGAAAGACGUGUCCAAACUGAACUCCAGCCAGGUGAAUCAGCUGGUGUCUAAGCUGGAGGCUCUGUUAUCAGGCCCAAAUGUCAGCAUAGGGCUGGGGAACACAUCAGUCAACAUUGUCAGCAAUCUCCUGGGUGCUUCUCCAUCUGUGCUGUCACAGUCCUCCAACAGGAUAAUAGGGAUCGUUGAUACAGUGGGGCUCAAGCUGGUUGUUGGAGGGACGGCUCAGACCAUUUUGUCCCCGGCUGUUGCUCUGUCAGUGAAACCAGCAGAUGGCGCCAACUUUCAGAAAACAACUUUUUCCAUCUCAAGCCCCACCAAUGUGGAGGUCCGUGGGAAUCCCAGACUGAGAAGGAGCGUGACAACAAACUCCUCGAUCCCUCAGGGCUCCGUCACGCUGCCUGCCUCUCUCACUCAGAAUCUCACAUCUCAGGAACAGCAGCAGGUCUCCAGAGUUCAGUUCAAUUUCUACCAGAAGAGCACCGUAUUCCAGGACAAAUCCCUGGGAGUACGCAGGCUUAACAGCGGGAUCCUAGGAGCAAGUGUCGCCAACCUGUCAAUCACAGGACUCCGAGACAAUGUUAUAAUCACCCUAAAAAACCAAGAGCCUAUUCCGGCAAAUUUUGUGGCAACGUGUGUUUUCUGGGACUUUGCAUUAAAUGAUGGAUCGGGUGGCUGGAGCUCAAAUGGCUGUUCUGUCCAAAAUAGCACAGACAGUGAGACAAUUUGUGGCUGCAACCAUUUAACCAGUUUUGCCAUCCUGCUGGACCUCUCCAGGCAGCCUAUAACCAGUCGUGUCCAGAGCACCAUCCUUACCUUUAUCACAUACAUUGGCUGUGGAAUCUCUGCUAUCUUCCUGGCUGUCACCAUCCUCACCUACUUGGCCUUUGGCAAGUUGCGCAAAGACAUCCCAUCCAAAAUCCUGAUCCAGCUGUGCUUUGCGCUGCUCCUGCUGAAUCUGGUCUUCCUGGUGGACGCCUGGCUGGCGCUCUACCCAGACGCCGUGGGCCUUUGCAUUUCCACUGCCUGGUUCCUUCACUACUUCUUGUUAGCUGCCUUCACAUGGAUGGGUCUCGAGGCCGUCCACAUGUACGUGGCACUUGUGAAAGUCUUCAACGUCAAUGUAUCGCACUACAUGCUGAAGUUCUCGCUGGCUGGAUGGGGUAUCCCGAUGAUCGUGGUCAUUAUUGUCAUUGCAAUUGACAAAAACAACUACGGUCUCGUUUCCUAUGGAAGGUUUAGUGAUGGCACUACUGAUGAGUUCUGCUGGCUGAAAAAUGACAUCGCCUUCUACGUGGCAGUGGUGGCCUAUUUCUGCGUCAUUUUUAUAUUUAACUUCAUCAUGUUUAUUGUAGUUAUGGUCCAGCUGUGCCGGAUAAAAAAACAAAACCCUCAAAAUCUCCAGCACCGCAGCACACUGCAGGAUGUGCGCAGUGUGUUGGGGAUAACCAUCCUGCUAGGCCUCACGUGGGGCUUUGCCUUUUUUGCCUGGGGGCCCGUUAACCUGGCGUUCAUGUACCUCUUUGCCAUCUGUAACUCCCUGCAAGGUUUCUUUAUAUUCGUGUUCCACUGUGCAGUGAAGGAAACCGUGAGGAGGCAGUGGAGGAUCUAUCUGUGCUGCGGCAAAAUGAGACUAUCUGAGAACUCAGAAUGGAGUCGCACUGCAACACAGAAGACGGCAAAGAAGUCAUCGCUGACCAACAACACAUCUCUUCAUUCCAGUACCUCACGUGGCAAUAACUCUUCCAGCUCCUCUUUCCUCAACAGUGACAUUUCAGAACAGAGUGAUGGGAUCGGUAGCCCAUAUGCAGACAGAGUAAUCACAGCAGAUGAAGACUCAAAUAUGGAUGUGGUCCUCAACGAGAUCAACAUGCGGCACAGACACUCACAAACUUCUUGAUAGUGGAGGGACAAAGCCGCCUCUCUCAGCGCUCUUUUAUUUAUAUAUAUAUAUAUAUAUAUAUAUAUUUGUACAAUAUAAUGUAACUGAACAGAGUAAUUUAUGUACAAGCUAUCUGCAGGCCAUAUGUAUUAGCUAAAUGACUUUAUAAACGAAACUUACUGUUUUAACAUCUUAUUUCCCCUAUUGUAUUCUUACAGAUAUUCUGAACACUAAAGUAUUAUAUAUUAUUAAUAUUCAAAGUAAAUUAAUUUCACUAAUGUAACCCACUAAAUCUUUCACACAGACCUACAUUUCCAAUAAAAAAAAUUAAGUUAAUAACAAAGAU